AUGGUAACUAUGAGUUCAGAAAAAUCAGCCAGUCGGCGAAAAUCAACAGACAGUAAUGUUAGUGGUAAUAACGAACAAAGACCGCAGCAGCAACAAGUUAGUAUUGAAGAUAAAAAUAAUAAAAUUGAAAAUGCCAAGACGAAAGAAGAAACUAAAAUAAAAGUUAACGACAACAAACCUAAAGCCACUGCAGUUUGUGCCGAAGAUAGUCCUAAUUAUCUCGUUUAUAAAAAGAUGGAAGCUAUAGUAGAAAAAAUGUUGGAUGAAACUAAUGGAGUACCUGUAAAAACUGUUAAAACUUUUAUGACUAAAAUACCUUCUGUUUUCACUGGUAUUGAUUUAAUUGCUUGGAUCAUAAAAAAUAUGGAAAUUGAUGAACAAGAGGCAUUAAGAAUUGCACAUCUAAUGGCCUCACAUGGCUAUUUAUUUCCUAUCGACGACCACUGCCUUACUGUAAAAAACGACAACACAUUUUAUCGAUUUCAAACUCCCUAUUUUUGGCCAUCCAAUUGUUGGGAACCUGAGAAUACUGACUACGCUGUAUAUUUAUGCAAACGGACAAUGCAAAAUAAAGCACGUUUAGAGUUAGCGGAUUACGAGGCUGAAAAUUUAGCACGCUUACAAAAAAUGUUUUCACGGAAAUGGGAAUUUAUUUUCAUGCAAGCGGAAGCACAAAGCAAAGUUGACAAAAAAAGAGAUAAACUUGAGAGAAAAAUUUUGGAUAGUCAAGAACGGGCUUUUUGGGAUGUACAUCGACCAAUGCCUGGUUGUGUCAAUACAACGGAAUUGGAUAUCAAGAAAGCAUGUCGCAGUAAUAAAACAAUGAAAGCAAGUAAGCAUUCACAAAUUGGUGUAGCUUGUGGUAGAAUAUCACCAACGGAUACUAAAGAUCUUAUCAAUCCGUCAAUUGAGACAUUACAAAAGGAAAUUGAUAUGUUGAAACAGAAAUUAGAUCGACGUUGUAUUAAAGUUUCCAAGGUCGCUGAAGCACUUAUUGGAUACUUUGAGCAAUAUAUAGAGUACGAUCCAAUGUUUACUCAACCAGAGUUCAGCAAUCCAUGGAUUUCUGAUAGUUCUGAAUUAUGGGAGCAAGAUAAAUUAGCGAAAGAUGUAUCGGCUAGACGGGUCAAGCGUUGGGCAUUUAGUUUAAAAGAAUUACUUCAAGAUCCAAUCGGCCGGGAACAAUUUGUUAAAUUUCUCGAUAAAGAAUUCAGUGGUGAAAAUCUCAAAUUUUGGGAAGCUGUGCAAAAUUUAAAAACUUUACCACAAAGAGAUGUUGAAACGGGAGUUUCUGAAAUAUGGAAUGAGUAUCUUGGUCACGAUGCCAGUUGUCCAAUAAAUGUUGAUUCACGGUCUUAUGAAAUGACUAAAAAAAAUUUAGAAAAGUGCGAUCGUUGGUCAUUUGACAUUGCUGCUGCUCAUGUAUAUCAUUUAAUGAAAAGCGACAGUUAUUCACGUUACCUGCGUUCAGAAAUGUACAAAGACUACCUAAACGGAUCAAAAAAAAAGGUAUCAAUAAUGUUAACCUAUUAUGCAGCGCAAUUAGGAAUCGCAUUAAGUGCUGUUGAUUCAAAAGGAAGUGCUAAAACUCCAGUAUCUCUUGUUAAACAAUAA